CGAAGCAGCGUCACCGACCCUGGUGCCGCGCCAAAUCUAUGCCCACCUCGACGCAUACGUCAUUGGCCAGGAGAGAGCCAAAAAGACGCUGUCGGUUGCGGUUAUAACCAUUUCAAACGGAUUCGUAGCGAAGCGGCAAACCCUGGAAUCGAGGUUCAGAAGUCCAACAUUCUGUUGAUUGGGCCGACUGGAUCCGGAAAAACUCUGUUGGCCGAAACGCUGGCUCGCACGCUGGAUGUACCCUUCGCCAUCUGCGACGCCACAUCUCUGACCGAAUCGGGAUAUGUGGGCGAGGAUGUCGAAAAUAUCCUGUUGCGGCUGAUUCAGGCUGCCGACUGGGACAUCUCCCGGGCGGAACAUGGGAUCAUCUACAUUGACGAACUCGAUAAAAUCGCCCGUAAAGAAGGCGUGAAUCGCUCAAUAACCCGCGACGUCGCCGGCGAAGGCGUGCAGCAGGAAUUGCUGAAAAUCAUCGAGGGCUGCGUCGCUAAUGUUCCCCCCCAGGGUGGCCGCAAGCAUCCCCAUCAGGAGAUGUUGCAGAUCAAUACCCGCAACAUCCUUUUCAUUUGCGGCGGCGCUUUUGAAGGAUUGCAGGAGAUCACGUCGCGACGGCUUUCCAUUGGCUCGAACAUGGGAUUUCUGGCCCGCAACCCGCGCCGAAACGACAACGCCGACCCGUCAACCACCAUUUUGCUGGAAUUCGGGUUCAUCCCCGAAUUGGUGGGGCGUUUGCCGGUGGUAACUUCCCUUCAACCCUUGGACCGUGAUGCUCUGGUCAGGGUUUUGGUGGAGCCGAAAAACGCAAUCGUCAAACAAUAUCAGCAGCUUUUCCGAUUGGACGGGGUGCAGCUGGAAUUCAGCGACGAUGCCAUGGUAGCCGCCGCUGAGCGGGCGCUGGCAUACCAAACCGGCGCUCGCGUACUGCGCCAUAUCGUGGAGGGCGCGUUGCUUGACGUGAUGUACGAGCUGCCUUCCCUCACCGACAUCACCCGUUGCGUCGUGCACAGCGAUGCUAUCACCGGCGACGCUUCCCCGCGUCUGUACAGACGCGGCGGGGGCAGGUACGUAACGCUUAAAACUGCUCUGGCGCAGGCGGCGGCUGAACCCCAGAAGAAAACCGCUUAA